AUGAAUUACUUGAGAAACAGAAAAACUAAGGAUGAUGAAAAUAAUGAAGGAUCACCAGAUUCCCCAACAAAUGAAAAUAAUGAAUCAACUAAUAAAAUAAAUUCAACAUUGAGUUAUGGUCAAAAUUUAAUAGAUGAAAAGGUGCGAACUAAAUUUAAAUAUUCUUUUUUGGUGGGUAUAUUUAUUGUAUUUUUAAUUUUUAUUGGAUUUUUUCAAAAAUGUUUAGAACUUUAUCACACCCAUUUUUGUAAGUUCAAAUAUGUUGAUGUAUCUGAUACAGAAAAACUAAAAGAGGUAUUCUUUAGUAAUAAGCCUUAUUUAGUUUAUUGUAAAAAUGACAAAAAUGAUACUAUACAUCCUGUUAUUAAUAAUAGUUUAUCAAGUUUUCCAUCUAUUUUAAAUGUUGCCAUAACUAAUUGUAAAAGUAUAUUACCUAGUAAACAAAAUGUUUACCAACGUUUUGGUUUAAGUGAUAAGACAAAAGCUUUUAUAGUAUGUUAUGGAAGAAAACCUAAACCAAUUCCUGAUGCUAUAUUCGAUAAUAAAAAAAAAUUUAUAGCAUUUGUGCAUGAAUCACUAGUAUUUGGAGUACCAUUUUUUAGUAAAUUUCCACAAUUUCAAACAAAAUGCCUAAACAAAAAUAAGAGAUGUAUUUUAUUUAUUAGUAGCAUAAAUUUAACUAGCAAGAGUGUCAAAUAUAAUUAUAUUAAUGAUAUAUUUGUUAAUAAUAAAUAUUUUGAUAUCAAUCCUUUGAUAGUUGAUAAUAAAAAAUAUUUAGUUAAAUUAAGUGAUGAAGUAUUUAACUCUUAUUCAAAAAAAAAAGAUAUUCAUGUUUUAUGUCUUUUUAAUAAUAGUACUGAUAAUAAUAGUGAAUAUUAUGGAUAUUUUUAUAAAGAUGAAUUUGACAAUUUUAAAAAAAUGUCUUCUUUUAUAUCGAGUUGUAUAAAGGCUACUCCUACAAGUAAUGAAGUAAUUAAAUUGUCAUCGACCCCACAAAUUAAAUAUAGAGCAAGUAAAAAGAAAUAA